AUGAGCGAAGGUCUUCAAGUGCGGGACGCCUCGCGUCCGCUAGGCGGCAAGUCGCUUGACCGGCUCGCUCUCCUCGCCUCACCCUCUCGCGGUCUCGACUCCACCUCCUCUCUCUCCACGGAGCUCUCCUCGCAGGGCAGUAUGGACCUCACAUCUUCUGAAGUGCAGCAAGAGUUCCGCGACUACAUUUCCACGCGGCUCAACGAGAAAGCACUGCCGCUUCUGUCCAAUGCAACAGGCGCCGCUUUGAGCGUGCUCUCUUCGGCACGGUACCUGCCUUCACCCGCCAAGACGGCCGUGAGCGCCGGGGAGGAGGAGCUGCAACAGGUUUUGCUGCUAGUACGGAAGCUUCGAGAGGCGCUCGUGGCGAGUAAAAGGACGGACGGGUUCGCGGUCGAGGUGUACGAGCUGUCGGCGUAUCUGGCCGUGCUGUGCGGAGAUGCGACGCAGUUGGCUGCGACCUUGCCGAGGUUGGUGCUCGAGCUGUACCCUUCUGGACCAACUGAAGAGAGGGGGUCGGAGGACGUCAUACGGCUCGCCAAGCAUCUUGACCUGGAACACACGACGGAAAACAGGCGCGUGCGGGUCGUCUCACUGUACAUGCUGCAAACGCUCUGUCUCUCUGGUCGAGCGACGAGACUCGGGCAAUACGACUCAGAGUCCGGCUCGGUGAUGGAACCUCUCCAUCGCGGUCUCAGGGAAUAUAGAAGCUUGCGAGCGACACUAUCGAGCCUGUACGGGUCAGAGCUCGAUCCGCAUCUCAGCAUGUGCGAUACGCUCUACGAGGCGCUCCGCGACGUCGACCCGUUCCGCUUCUCGCGGCUCGUGAUGGGCAAGGAAGGAUACCAGAUGGAUGGAUGGCAGAGGCUGGUGCUGCUUCAAACGGUUCCGGCGUUGCGGAGUGCAGCGUGGGCGGUGGCGCGGAAGAGCUACAUGUAUCUGCCCAUUUCGGCGCGUGUCAAGGGUAUGAUCGAUGGGACUGGGGUGCAAGGUGAAGGUGGGAGGGAGAGGUUCUUGGUAGAGCUGCUGCUGCUCAACACUGACCUUCUCUUGGCGAUGAGCGAGGUGGCAGCAGAACCACAUACCGGGAAGAAGCACGAAGAAGAGCCGCCAGAGGAGUGGGAUGCGGACGACCAAACAUCCGAUGCGAUAGGCUCUCGCGCUGAUAGCAAAGGCGAUCUCGAAGAGGACACUCGGCUGCACGCCUUCCUUGCACUCCAAUUUGGCACUACGCUCCCAACCCGACUCAUGUCCAUCAAAGAAGGUCAUGCUGUCAAGAUUCGAUAA